AUGUCUGUGUUCAACUCUUGCUUUCAGAUGUUUACGGAUAAUCCUGCUGAUGUCUAUGGAAUUUGUGAUGAAGGGACGAUGGUGUCCUCGACUAUGGAUAUUUUGCAAUUUAACAGGAGUUUGGUUGAAGUUUCUUGUGGACAGAAUGACUCUUCGAUCUGUACAGAGGGGUAUUCUUCUGUCAUAGAUCAUGCGUUCUAUCAGGAACAACAGGAGGUUUGGAAUGUGAAUGGUUAUACACACUUGAGUCCAACAGAAGAGUUUCACAGCACACAGAAUGGACAGAUACAAGGAGAAAGGUUUAUGUUCAACAGUUCAGACACGGAUAGAUCCAGUCUGAACACAAACCGGUCACGGUUUACCUGCCGGUGGCUGGAGCGAUCUGCAGGUGCUCCACAGUGCUGUAAGAAAACCUUCUGCACAAUAAAGGAGCUCAACUAUCAUCUGACAGCGGAGCAUGUUAAUCUGUCAGGACAAUCCAGUUAUGUUUGUUUGUGGGAAGACUGUUCUCGUCAAAGGAAUCCAUUCAAGGCCAAGUACAAACUGAUCAAUCACCUAAGAGUGCACACGGGAGAAAAGCCCUUUCAGUGCUCGUUCGGAUGUGGAAGAGCAUUUGCACGGGCGGAAAACCUGAAAAUUCAUGAAAGGACACAUACAGUGAGUGAUUGCAGGAGAUAUUCUGGGCAGAUUCUGAAGCUCUGCUCUUCAUCAGAAUCCCUCAGUAGGUGCCGAGUGAAGAGCACCCGGUCAUAUCAAACUCAUGUACUUAUUAAUACAGAGGCUGCAGACUGCAUGAUGGGAAUACAUGUGAGCAGCAGCCAAAACAUGACAGUCCUCAAAAGAGUGACAGCAGAGGGCAAAGGUUAG